UAUGUUGAACAACAAUUUAAAUGAGUUGCACAGAGAAAAAAUAUUUGAAAGCUUUGUUACGAUCUUACCAAGUUUACUCCUGAAACCGAGCAUAGAUGACGUUGUAAUUCGUAUGAUCAGUCAAAUAGUUUUACGUUUUAAAGAAUAUAUCCGGGAAGAAUUGAUAGCUAAACACGAGUCUAUUAUCGAAAAUGCUAAGAAGAUCAACAUUGUGGGUACACACGACGACAAACAGUCGAGACUUAUGAUAUAUAAUCUAUUUUAUUUCGUAGAUUCACAGAUUUACUAUGAAAUUAAAUCAAUCGCAGUUAUAUAUACACAGAUACAGAGCUUAAAAAUACGAUUGAUUUUUCUAUGUCAAGUACAAGCUUUGAUCAAUUUUUAUUUAAUAUUUAACAUAUCUUACGGAACAAUGGAUGGUACGCGCGUAUACAUGCGUCAGCGUAUAUGCAUAUGACUUGUUAUGACUUGAAUGAAUUAUUCCACGAGAAUGAGACAAUCGCGGAACUAGGACAGAACUUUCCGUCUUAGUUUAGUCCGUUCUACAUGUCCACGAACUCUGUUCAGAACAAUUAUCAGACGCUCUGUAUAAAGGAUGAGUCAUUUUAAUAUUCCGUUCCAAAUA